UAUUUUUUGUUUUUUACAGCCGUGACGAAAUUAUAACAUAUUGGCUUGAUCAUAAACUAUUUUCUAAGGUCAGCAGCAACUAUGGCGGAAGAAUCAGAAGCCCCCAGCCAACCAGCCAAUACCGUGGAAGAACCACUAGAUCUCAUCAGACUUAGUCUGGAUGAAAGGAUCUAUGUCAAGAUGAGGAAUGAUAGGGAACUCAAAGGCAGACUUCAUGCUUAUGAUCAGCAUCUCAACAUGAUUCUUGGUGAUGUUGAAGAAACUGUGACAGCCGUGGAGAUAGAUGAAGAAACUUAUGAAGAAAUAUACAAGAGUACUAAACGGUCAAUUCAGAUGUUGUUUGUCCGAGGUGACGGGGUGAUUCUUGUCUCCCCUCCAUUGAGAUCGGGGACAUUAUAGCAUUCAGAACAUCAAUGGCUAGACAGCGUUCACCAUUCUGUAUAAAAACUUAGGAUGUAUAAACUGUAUUUCUUAUGUUCUAAACAUCAAUCAUGUAACAAUAGAGAGUUUUGUUGCCUCAGCUGCAAGAAGAUAGGAAGACACUCACACAACGGAUACAUUAAUUCAGUCUGUUUAGUCACAAUUUUAUUUAUUUAUUUUUAAUAUAUUUUUUUUAUUGUACAUUGUUUUGAGAUGGAGCACAAAUUGUGUAAGGUUUAAUCAGGGAUGCCAGUUUUCAGGCAAUAACCUCAAUUCAGGCCCUGGUGAGUUACUUUCAGACCAUAGUUUAGGUUUUUUUGUGUACUACAAAAUAGCUCAUUCUAGGUGAUUUUCAGGCCCUCUGAUCAAUUCUAAAUGGCAUCCCUGUCUAAUAUGUACAAGGACUUCCUGAAGGGACAUUGUUUAUGAUAUAGUGAGAUCAAGAGCAUCACAGUUUGUAUUGUCAAUCAAUGAGAAAAAGCAUGACUCAGUAGUUGAAUCAGUUUAUAUUUUGUGUUUCUUGUUUGAACUGUGUUAUUUUUAUCUCUUGAUGACAACUAUUAAAAGUAGUCCUCUGUAUUCAAAA